AUGUAUGCGGACCGGAAGGUCCGAGAUCUAGAGUUUAUGGAGAGUGAGCAGGUUCUUCUUAAGAUUUCACCCAUGAAGGGUGUUAUGCGAUUUGAGAAGAGGAGAAAGUUGAGCCCGAGGUACACUGGUCCAUUUGAGAUUCUCCGUCAUAUUGGUGAUGUUGCUUAUGAGUUAGCCUUAUUACCAGGCUUGUCAAGUGUUCAUCAGGUUUUUCAUGUUUCUAUGCUGAAGAGGUACCAUUCAAACGGGUCUUAUAUUAUUGGAUGGGAUUAUGUGUUUCUUGAUGAGAAUCUAUCAUACGAGGAGGAGCCUAGUGCGAUCUUAGAUAGGCAGGUUAGAAAGUUGAGGCCUAAGGGGAUAGCCUCUGUUAAGUUGCAAUAG